GAAUAAGCGAAUAAGGAUAGAAAUCCUCCAAUACAGUGACACGUUAGGGAUCUGUCAGAGGCUGAAUUAAAAGGCGACUGAGGGGUUUUAGCGAUAAGGAUAUCCAGUGGUGGCGUUGGAGAAAUUGAUGAAAUUAUCCGGAAAAUAAUAAAAAUUGAUCGAAUUUAUUUCGUUACCAAGUGAUAUAAAGUGUGUGUGGUGAGGUAGUGGGGCUGCAUAUGAGAAUGAUGGCCGCCACCAAUGAGGAAACGAGUGUUAUGGAGCCAUCGAGAAUAAAUUCAGGACAAAAUCAGCCCAGUGACAGACUCAAGAUGCUUUAUCCAAUGGUCAAUGAGGAAGAGACACCUCUGCCGAGGUCAUGGAGUCCAAAGGACAAAUUCAACUACAUUGGAUUAUCGCAAAAUAAUCUUCGCGUUCAUUACAAAGGUUACGGUAAAACACAUAAAGAUGCUGCCAGUGUUCGUACGACACAUUCGAUACCAGCUGCCUGUGGCCUCUACUACUUCGAAGUGAAAAUAGUGAGCAAGGGUCGCGACGGCUACAUGGGAAUUGGUCUGUCAGCUCAUGGUGUCAACGUUAAUCGAUUACCAGGCUGGGACAAACACUCGUACGGAUAUCACGGUGACGACGGACACAGUUUCUGUUCAUCUGGCACCGGUCAGCCUUAUGGGCCAACAUUCACUACCGGCGAUGUCAUUGGCUGCGGUGUUAAUCUGGUUGACAACACAGCCUUUUACACGAAGAAUGGCCAUCACUUAGGCGUCGCAUUCACAGAUCUACCCCCAAAUUUGUAUCCAACUGUGGGUCUCCAGACACCAGGCGAAGUUGUCGAUGCCAAUUUCGGCCAAACUCCAUUCGUAUUCGAUAUUGGAGACAUGAUUAAUGAGCUACGAGUUCGCACGAGAUUGCAAAUUAUCAAUUAUCCAACGCCAGAUCAUGGACAGGGUCAGUGGCAAGCCGUUCUUCACAAAAUGGUAUCUACGUACCUUGUCCAUCAUGGCUAUUGCGAUACUGCCGAGGCGUUUGCCAACAGUACGGGACAAGAAUUUGAAGAGGAUUUCAACUCCAUUAAGAAUAGGCAAAGAAUCUUGAAGCUUGUUUUAGCCGGUAGAAUGGGCGAAGCAAUAGAUUUAACUAGCCGAUUAUAUCCAGGACUUCUCGAACGCGAUCCAAAUUUAAUGUUCGCCCUAAAAUGCCGUCAAUUUGUUGAAAUGGUAAAUGGCAGUGAUUCAGAGGUUUAUCAGAGCAAUAGUGAAAAUCAGACGAGUGUUAUACAAUCAACCAAGACGUACAUAAAAUCAUCAACGAACAGAAAUAUCGAUGAGAUGAAUUUAAAUAAUACUAUUAAUGGUGCUGGUGAAUCGCAAUUUAUCAACGGUCAAAUGGAGGAGGAUGUAGAUAUGGAGGAGAAUACAACGACUAACGCUAAUGGCAUUAAAAAUGCAAAUGGAUAUCAGAAUGGUAAUCCAAAUGCCAAUGGUUACAGAUGCCAAAAUGGUGAAGACAUUGACAUGGAAAUAGAUAGUGCCAAUCAAACACAGCAAAAUGGCAAUUCCAGUAAUCCCCAAGUGUCAGUGGGAAAAUGUAUAAAGAAGCAAUUGUGCGGUGGUAAUAAGCAGGCAAUCGAAAAAAUGCUUGACUUUGGCCGACAAUUGUAUUCACAAUCAAUACACCUCAGACAACAGUACGGAAAAAAUGAGUCCAAUAAAAAAAUGCUCCAAGAUGCAUUCAGCUUAUUGGCUUACUCGAAUCCAUGGAACUCACCAGUUGGAUGGCAACUAGAUCCUCAGGAAAGGGAAACAGUCUGUGCUAGACUCAAUUCAGCAAUUCUUGAGUCAACGAAUCUUCCUCGACGGCCACCACUAGAGGUUGCAAUAUCACAUGCCAAAGAGUUGGUACGUUUGAUGUCUAGUGCUGGCUUGGGUGCUUGUGGCUUUGCAGUAGUCGACAAUAUUAUUCAAUAUUGACGGUGCCUGCCUCUGCCACCACGACCACCCCUGCUACCUGCUCGUGUGUGGAGGAUCUUUUAAUAGGUGGAGAGGAAUCGUGGAGCAGACUAUUCAUUGUUAAUCCAACAACUUCGUGAUGUAGCGCGCGUGCCUCCAACUGGAAAGAAAAUCAUUACAAUAUUAACGAGCCCAAUACAUACAUGAUGAAAAAUUAUAAUAUUAAUAAUUAUAAUGAAAAUAAUUGUAAGGUGAUUCAAAUUUUUGUCAGUGAUAUGCACGGAACGAUCUCACGCCCCAAUUACAAGAGAUUGUGAAACAAUUGAAAUUUCCAGUGGAAAAAUUACUAUACGUAAAUAAAAACAUUAUUAUUCGAAAAAAUAGACAAAUGGUAAACGCUCAGGCCUGCCAACCAAAAUGAUACUCCAUGUUCCCUAACGAAAAAUUGAUAUAAUGAUGAGUUUGAGGAUAAAUUGAGCAAACAGGGGUGAAUUUGGUAUUUGCGGAUUCAGAUGUCAUUCGAUCCCCAUUUUACAGAAAUGUCUCACUUGCAUCUCGUUUACUUCGAGUCAAUCACAAAAAUUCAACAACAAUUCCUCUUCAGUUGUUAAUAAUGAAGAUGAAAUGUUAUCUUUGGGGGAACAAGAUUCUAGAAACUUCAUUGUCGUAGUCAUCAAAUCAAACUUUCUGUUGUUAUAUGAUACUAUUAAUUAUUAGAUAACCAGCAACUGAGGAAUGGUGAAAAAUUAAACAAAAAAUGAUAAAAACUUAAUUAAGAAACGAUCUUGUACUCUACAAUAAGUCAUUGUUUUUUAUAUGCGAACAUAGUAUAUUAAAUUAUAUAUUAUUGAAGAAAGAAAAAUUGUAAUAAUAAUAAUAACAUGAUGACGAACAGUUGUUGCAGCUGGGCAUAAGUGUGCGUAUAAAUCAAUUUAGAAUCUUUAAUCACUGAGAAUAAGAAUUUAGGUUUAAAUAAAUUAUAGAGAGGGAGAGAAAAUUAAAAAAAAAACUGGAUUAUAAAAAAAGCAAAAAAAUGAGCGUUAUUAUGUUUUAUGUACCUUAGAUAGGAGCUAAUAAUAUAGCAGUGAUUUUAACAGGACGAUUAUUUGAUUUUGUAUUUUUCAAUUUCUUUCAUUAUUUCACAACUGCAUUAGCGAGAAAAUUUGACAUUUGAAAUAAAAUGAGAAAAACAAGCUGACUGCCUCUGCUGUGGCUGAAUUCGAAAUCCGCUAGAUCAUCCCUUUAUUUCAAUAUUUUUUGUUCGUCUCCUGGAUUUUUCUGAUUUGAUUUUUCCAAUUUUUACUUGUUCUUUUAUUAUUCAAAUAUUUUUUUGAUGGUUUCGUGUAUUGAAAACUGCCUCAAGGUCUGAGGUUUAUUUAUAAGAAAAAAAAUGGCGGCCUAGUCGAGCAGCAGCUUCAGAUCCUCUCCAGUCAGUCUGACGGAUUAGAUAACAGCAAUUGAAAAGAAAAAUAUUGUAUUUGGCAAAGGAAAUAUUUGGUGAGGAGAAUAUAAAGUGAAGGCUCGAGAAUGGUUGAUCAUCCAGCUAUUUUCAUGGCGUUUUAUACCAUUUAUAUGGCUUGGAUGUUUAAAACUGAUUGGAUGAAUGGAGAAAGAGAUAUCAUCGGACCCAGACCCAGAAGGGGGCCGACGUGGAAACCAAGGGAGCUUGUGAAGAAAAAAACCGACUCUUAGGGAAAAAUACUUCCGAGAAAGUGCGAAUUUCGAUCCAUAUUUCGAGUUGUUCUCCCCCCAGUGUUGGAAGUGAAUCAACUCCAAACAUACAUCGGGAUUAUUUGCAUAUAUCAAUGAUUUAUUCAGUAAAAUGUCGAAACACUAAGUUUCUCUGUAAUUCAUGCUAAGAAAUAAAAAUUAUUGAAAAGUAAAAAUUUC